GCAGCACAAAACCAGCAGCACUGCCUCCAUUUCCUCUGCAACCAACCCCCGAAGAUGAAGCUGGCUGUUGUUGUUGCUGUCCUUGCCUGUGUGGCUGCGGCCAACGCCGUCCCCACCAAGACCCUCCGCUUUGCUCACGACAUCCUUGGUCUCGAGAGCAUCGCCAAUGACAUCAACGCACGCAACGUCGGCUGGAAGGCCGGCGUGAACGAGCGCUUUGUGAACGUGACCAUGGACUACAUUCGCAAGCAGAUGGGUACCCGCCUGGAGGGCUCCCCUGUGACGCUGGAUGUGAAGCACGUUGAGGUCCCCGCCGAUCUUCCCACCUCGUUCGACUCCCGCACCCAGUGGGGCAGCAUGUGCCCCAGCGUGAAGGAGGUCCGCGAUCAGGCCAACUGCGGUAGCUGCUGGGCCUUUGGCGCCGUCGAGGCCAUGACCGACCGCACGUGCAUCGCCAGCAAGGGCGCCCAGACCCCCCACAUCUCCGCCGAGGAUCUGCUGACGUGCUGCACCUUCACCUGCGGUGAUGGCUGCAACGGUGGUUACCCUGCCGCUGCCUGGGAGUACUGGAAGAACCAGGGCAUUGUCACCGGUGGCCAGUACGACUCCAACCAGGGCUGCCAGCCAUACAGCCUUGCCAAGUGCGAGCACCACACGACCGGCCCGUACAAGCCCUGCGGCGACAUUGUCCCCACCCCUGCCUGCAAGCGCUCCUGCCGCCAGGGCUACAACGUCACGUACCCGAACGACAAGCACUUUGGCGCCUCCUCGUACGGCGUGCGCGGCGUGGACCAGAUUGCCACGGAGAUCAUGACCAACGGCCCCGUUGAGGCCGCCUUCACCGUCUACAGCGACUUCCUCUCCUACAAGUCUGGCGUGUACCAGCACACCUCGGGCCAGCCCCUUGGUGGCCACGCCAUCAAGAUCAUCGGCUGGGGUGUCCAGGACGGCACCGACUACUGGAUCGUCGCCAACUCCUGGAACGAUAGCUGGGGGAAUGACGGGUUCUUUUGGAUCAAGAAGGGCACGGACGAGUGCGGCAUUGAGUCCCAGGUCGUCGCUGGCCUGCCCAAGGUCUAAACCCAUCUCUCCCUCCCGCACCACCCCCACCUUUUCAUCGUGACUGUGACAUCCCUCGCACACCAAUUUGCUGUGUACCUGUGCUGUUUCGUGUUGCGCAUGUGUGCACUUGUGGCCAAUCGAAUGCUGCUGCGUUUGUUUGCAGAUGCCCCUGUUGUGUCACGCUUGCCCAGCAUUGCUUGUUUGUUUGUUUCGUUGCUUCGUUUUGUCUCCACCACCUCGAGACGGAUUACACACACCAAGCCGAGA